AUGUCGAGCUCAUCGAACAGCUUCCUGCGCGGCCAGCGCAAGUCUGACCUCCUCGAGUUGGCCGAGACUGUUGGUCUGGAGAACACCGAUGGCCUGAAGAAGAGCGAUCUCGAGGUUGCGCUUGACGACUACCUCGCUGAGAACUCGAACCGGUUCAGCAACAAUCCUGCAGCUCUGCCUUACUACAAUGCACGCGCUCGUGCAAUAGGGUCGCCGGUGAAGAAGGAGGCGCCCCCUGCUGAGGCCCCCAAGACCGCGAAGCGAAGGGCCGCGAAGGCAGCUGAACAGUCCAUCGCAGCUACUGCCGGAGAUGACUCUGAGCUGGCCUUGACCUCCGCGACGCCUGGUCGCGCUCUGUCCCUCGCUCGACGCAUCCCGCUCCCAGCCUCGCCAGCUGACGUUGCCCGAGUCGUCGACGAGCGCACCGUCGCGCUUCGCGAGCGCGUUGUGACUCUGUAUGAGGACUCAGGCGUAAAGGAAGUCGCAUACAACACGCGCGACUCUCUCUCCACCGUAACCUCGAUUCUGUUCUGCAUCAACGCGUUCGAGCUGUACCACCUGCGGAAAGAAGUCCUCUCGGAUCGCUAUGCUUUCACCAUCCCAGCUAUCGCCGCGCUGGGAACGUCGGAUUAUCCCGUCGAAGUGCCCGACAUGUUCCUGCUGCUGACGAGCUCGUUCUGGAACCCAGCACUGCUCUGGGCCUUUACUAGCGUGGUCGUGCCCGCGUUUUUCGGGUUCUACUUCAAUCUCUCCGCUGCUCAUUCGCAGCCUGGUCGCGGAAGGAGAAGCUCGCAGCCAGAGAACGUUGUUGACCCCUUGACCUUCAGCAUCGCCAAGGCGGUCAUCACGUACGUGGUCUACCAACAAGGUGUCACCUUUGGUGGCUGGGUAGACCAGACGUCCGUGGCACGCAUCAACUCGGCCGUCUACGGAGGCUGGAAGGGUGUCAUAGUUGGCGCCGCAAUCACUGGCAUUGCGAGCUUCUACGACGCUGUGUUGCGGAAGUAG